UGUCCUUGUUUGAAUAUGACAGAAGAGGUUUAGUUGGACGACUGCUGAGCGUCUUCCAGGCUUUGCUGAGAUCAGAGGAAUCGUGUCCACGUUGAGGCUCCCAAACCCCUGACAGCAGCUCACAUUCGGACAGGAGGACGAUUUGGGAGGGAGAGAAGGAGGUGCAGGGGCAGAAAAGUGAAAGGAGGGGAUUAAAGGGAAGAAAGCCGGACAAGGCAGAUGCUUAGAGAAGAAUGGAGGAAAGGCAUGAAACGGCCCAGUGCGAUGUGGUUCAGUGAAAUCAGCAUAGCUGAAUCGCAUUCAUACAUUCAAGUUUUCUGUUGUCUGCCUUUAGCUGAUUAAUCACUGAACAACAGUAAGGAAGCAGUUAUUUUCUUUUUUAUUCCUACAUUAUAAUAUUUUUCUUAGUUCUGGAAACUUGGAGUAUGUGUGCUCCCACUCUCGGAAUAAGAAGGCUAGACUCCAUGGUGAGUUUGCCAAGUCUGUGACUCACACACACGCACGAGUACUCACGAUUUAGGCUGCACGACCUAACUGCAGGUGGUUAACCAAUCAAUAGUCUAUGCUGAAUGAGUGGGUGAAGGCUGCGUGCACUGAUGACUGACUGCGUGCGUUCAUGAUUCAUGAAUGUGUGUUUUGUCGGUGUUACUACGAGUGUAUGGAGAAAAGAGAGAGUGUGUGACAAAGGUCAUCUUUUAACAGCCUCUAAACUACAACUAACACUGAUGAGGGUUCCUCCACAACUUUUUACCUCAAAUCUAAACUCACCCAUCAGACCCUCCUCCCCCUCCCUCUCCCUUCCCCCUCCCUUCCUCUCUCCUCUCAUCUCUUCUUGCUCAUUAUAAUUUUGUUAAUAUAAAUUCUCUAAAUCCUCCACCAUCACCCACUGCUUCUCUUCUUCUUCCUCCCCCCCUUCACUCCCACUCCUUGAAAGCUGAAGAAAUCAGGACAGUUCAGCAGUGGAGGGGUUAAGUCGAACCCGGGCCUGUGAUUGGCUGCCGGUCGGCGGUCUGAACCAGCCUACAGAAAGAGGUAACCAGGCAACCUCAGAGAGAGAGAGAGAGAGAGAGGAAAGAAGAGGGGGCAGAGGAGCGAGGAGGGGGAAAAACGCGCUGAAAGAAGCCUGGCAUAGUUUUGUGGGGAUUGUGGAAAAAGAUGUAACGAAGCUUGCAAGCGCUCUCCCCGGGAUGGAAAACUGGAUUACCCUCCCCGCUGAAUCACACUGUGGAUGUCUGAAUAAACCAGGAGGGGAUACACGGGAAUGAAUGGAUUCUAAAGCCUUUUCACAAAAUGGGAACUAACUGUGUUCAUUUUCGCUGUAGUGCAAAGCUCUCUGUGGGUGUGUGUGGGAUGUUGUGUCAGGGCUAAAGCCCAUCCCUCUCCCAUGAUCCUGUGUGCCCACACACACACCUGGCGCCUCCACGCACACACCCGGCGCCCACGCACGCACAGCCGGCACUGACGCUGUGAACUGGACCCUCGGAGCCCAGCGGAUCCCAGCGGAGCCAAGCGGAGUCUAGUCCAGUUGGAACCCGAGGAUGUCAACAGAGACAGAACUACAGCCAGCGGUCAGGCCCAGCAGCGUCAGACGGGACUCCAAGAGAAAAGGGCAGGAUCGCAGCGAGGCGGCUCUCAUCAGGCGUUUUAAGGGCGAUGGCGUCCGCUACAAGGCCAAGCUCAUCGGCCUGGACGAGGUCACUGCCGCCCGUGGAGACAAACUCUGCCAGGACUCAAUGAUGAAGCUCAAGGGUGUAGCUGCAGCAGCACGGUCUAAAGGAGAACACAAGCAGAAGGUGUUUCUGACCAUUUCCUUUGGAGGGAUCAAGAUCUUUGAUGAGAAGUCAGGGGUCCUCCAACACCACCAUGCGGUCCAUGAGAUCUCCUACAUUGCCAAGGACAUCACGGACCACCGAGCCUUUGGUUAUGUCUGCGGGAAGGAAGGGAACCACCGCUUUGUGGCUAUCAAGACUGCCCAGUCGGCUGAGCCUGUGAUCCUGGACCUGCGGGACUUGUUUCAGCUUAUCUAUGAGAUAAAGCAGAGAGAGGAGAUGGAGAAGAAGGCCCAGAAAGACAAGCAGUGUGAACAGGCGGUCUACCAGACGAUACUGGAGGAGGAUCUGGAGGACCCGGUUUACCAGUACAUUGUGUUUGAGGCGGGACACGAGCCCAUCCGUGACCAAUCAGAAGAGAGCAUUUAUCAGGUUCCUACCAGUCAGCAGAAGGAAGGGGUCUAUGACGUCCCAAAGCGACACCCAAACGGACAUCAAAACACCCCGCACCACCAUCAUCAUCAUCAACCUCAUCAUUAUCAUGCUCAGCCCCAACAAGAGCAAACUGAACCACAGCAGCAGCAGCAGCAGCAGCAGGCAGUGGCAGAUCUGAUAGACUUAGACCUGGGAAUGGUCACUCAGAAUAUCAACCAAUUAGAGAUUUUUGGAGACAUGUCCACACCACCUGACAUCACCUCUCCAUCGACCCCCGCCUCUCCAGCCAACACCCUCGACCCCUCGCAGGGCCUGCAGCCUCCCACAGAACUGUUUGCUCCCUUCAAUCCUGCGUCUGUGCCCUCAGGUUAUGUGACAAUGGGAGCAGUAACCCCCGGCCACUGGUCCCAGCAGGCUUUUGCUGCCCAGACGCCACUGGCCUUCGGGGUCCAGUCUCCUCUAGGUCCAGUCGCCCAGGUGCUGCCAGGUGGCCAGCCUCUCAUCUGGGGCCAAGCCAACAUCUUUCCUGCCACCCAGCAGCAGUGGGCAGCCAUGGCAGCCGGAGCCUUCCCCCCCACAGCCUACCUCCCUGCUCAACCUGUGGGCACUCUGCCCACCGCCAUGUUCCAGACUCUCACCCCUGUCACGACUGUGACUCCAGCCGCCGAGAGCCAUUCAGGUGCUGGAGCCAGCGCUUCUGCUCCCUCCCCCUCAGCAUCUUCGAGUCCACAGCACGGGGAGAGAGCGAGGAAGAUGGGCAAGGAAAUGUUUAAGGAUUUUCAGCUGGCGAAGCCUCCAGCCAUGCCAUCGAAAAAGGCUGAGCAGCCCAGCUUAACAGGGACCUCAGAGGCAUUCAGCUCUUACUUCAGCCGCGUGGGCACUGCCCAGGACACGGACGACUGUGAUGACUUUGACAUUUCUCAAAUGAAUCUGACGCCAGUCACCUCUACAACACCAUCGACCAACUCACCACCCACCCCAGCUCCCAGACAAAGCUCUCCCUCCAAGUCCUCAGCCUCCCAUGUCAGUGACCCCCCCACCGACGCCACAGACCCCCCCACAGACGACUCAUUUGGUGAAGCAGAGGGCAGCCCUAGUCGCAGUGGAGAAGAAGAUGCUGCGUGUGGUUCUGGGUCGCCCUGCCCCAGUGAGACAGCAGAGCCCAGCCCAGACCAGACCAGUCCAGAGGCUGGGAGCUAGAUAGCAGCAGGGCAGGAAGGGGAAGGACCCUCUCUACGCCCAGAUCAACAAAGGGAAGAAAUAAAGAGACACACGGGAAGACAGACUUGACCAACGCUGAGAGAACAGGAGGAGAACCCUCACUCUGUGUGACUGUGUGUGUGUGACUGUGUGUGUGUGUGUUUGUCUGGCACAUCUCCCUGCCUGGCCAAGCCCUUCUUCUUCUCCUCUGGCUAACAACCUCCCAGGAGGAGCCUCCACGCUCUCCCAGUCCUCCUCCUCCUCCUUCUCCUCCUCCUCCUCGCUGCAGUCUGCUCUUCCCCUGAAAGGAAAGAGCCCUCUCGGUCACAUCACACCAAGCAGGAGGGAUAUCAAUCACCAAGACGGAUGCAGUUCUUCGUCCACUGCGCCGUCUCCUCCUCUCCUCUCUUCUCCCUGUGGCGACUCACACCCAGCCUUAGAGACAUAUCCUGCUCCUCUUCUCCCUCCUUUCUCCCUCGUUCCCUCCCAUCCUCCUCUCUGUCUUUGUUCCCACGCCCCUCCCUGUGUCUCCUGUGUCUGGCCCAGAGACUGUGCUGCCAAGGAGGGACUGAAUCAAGCAGUGCCUCCCUGUCUUCGACACACACACACACUCAUCUGGAAUAGAACGAUCAUCUUGCGUUUUAACUGACUGAAUCUGCAUCCGUGGCGAGGGGAUCCCACAGGAGGAGCUAGACUCUAACGGGCCUAUUAGGGAUGGCCCGUUACUGAGAUCGUUGCUUCUGAUUGGUUGGUUGGUUGGUUCGGGCGUUAUCUCUCCAUUCUUUGUGAGUGUCUGCUGGAUCACUAUGCAGAAACAGACUCUCUGGGAGCUACUCACACACUGACAACACGCAUAUUGUGCACACAGCAAUCAGCCUACGAAUCUUCACCAUACAUACACACACAACAAACAGAGCCAUUGCUCACAAUCUCUCUCUCUCUCUCACACACACACAUACACACACACACACACACAGUAAUUUGCCAAAUGUCUCUCCUCACAGACAGACUCACACAGAGGCCAGAGGACCAGACAUACUGAGGAAUGGACCCUGAGAGGGAAGAGUUGCAAGUCAAACAGAUUCUGUGAUUGAACUGUUCAUUCUCUAUAGCUUUUGUACAAUACCGAUUAAAAAAAGAACAAAUUGAAAAAUGGAAUUUUUAUUUUAUAAGUCAAUCAAGCCGCUGGGGUCAGCUCUAUAGGAGUUAUAGAGUCAACAUGGCUUUAAGGCAUCUGAUCGUUGGUUUGCCAAACUCAUUUUGUAAAUAAUGAUAACAACAACCAUUUUGUCCACCGGACUUCUGUGCCAUAAAAUAGGAAGGCUUCAGUUAUGCAAACUCUUGACAUUAACCCAAGCAAUACCAACAUAUUUUGUCUUUUCCCAGUUUCCCCACCAUGUUUUGUUUUCCUCAAUUCGCCCCGUGACAUUGUUUUGUUCUUGUGCAUUGAUAUUGCAGGUCCUUGUCUUAACAGCUGCUCACAUAUUUGUCCUUUCAAAUUCCAUCACCUCACACUAUUAUGUCCUCAAAAAAUUUGCUUCUGCAGUUGAUGUUAUCCAAAGCCCAUUUCUGCAUCGCAGUCCUGCGUUUCAGUGCCAUAAAACAAUAUUCCAAGUCUACACUGCAGGCAGCAGACACAGUCUCACUCUCUGUAGCCCAGCCUGCUCCUGUCCUCCAUCCUAGUUUUUAAGGUACAGUGAUGCUCUGCCCAUCUGUCUGUCUGUUGGUCAGGUGCCAAAACUGCUGCUGUCCCAGCUUCUGUGUGUGGACUGCAGCUUCCUCUGCUACAACUACAUCAACUGUGAUGCCAGUGACUACCUAUUUUAUGGCCAGAGUCCCCAUGUCACUUGAGAACUCUUUUGGACUAUGAUGUUGAUUAACUUAAAAAUUUGACAACUAGAAGAUGAGCGAAGAAGCUGAAUAAAAAGGGAAACGUUGCUGUUUGAGUACAUAACAUUUCUAGACCUAUUUUAACUUUACCUCAGCUAACAGUUUCUUAAUGUAAAUUGACACAUUAUUUUUAUCUUAAUGAAUAUGACAUUCUACAGUGGGUUUUUAGAUGAUUUUUUGGUUCUCUCUUAAUUUACGUAUUCCACCAUGUAUUACUGUUACAAAUAAACACAUCCCAAAUGAC